AUGAGUGCUCGAAGGGAGGAAUUACAAGACCGGGCCAUCGUCAAAAUAGCAGCUCACUUACCAGACCUCAUCGUCUACGGAGAUUUCUCUCCAGAGCGGCCAUCAGUGAAGUGUUUUGAUGGAGUUCUGAUGUUUGUUGAUAUUUCAGGUUUUACUGCGAUGACGGAGAAGUUCAGCACAGCAAUGUACAUGGACCGAGGGGCCGAGCAGCUGGUGGAGAUCCUCAACUACUACAUCAGUGCAAUAGUGGAGAAAGUGCUGAUUUUUGGAGGAGACAUCCUAAAAUUUGCAGGUGACGCACUGCUGGCCUUGUGGAGAGUGGAACGGAAGCAACUGAAGAACAUCAUCACCGUGGUGAUCAAGUGCAGCCUGGAAAUCCACGGCUUGUUUGAGGCCAAGGAGGUUGAAGAAGGCCUGGAUAUCCGAGUCAAGAUAGGACUGGCUGCUGGCCACAUCACCAUGCUGGUCUUCGGGGAUGAAACACGCAACUACUUUCUGGUGAUUGGCCAGGCGGUAGAUGACGUGCGCCUCGCACAGAACAUGGCCCAGAUGAACGAUGUUAUUCUGUCUCCAAACUGCUGGCAGCUCUGUGACCGGAGCAUGAUUGAAAUUGAGAGGAUUCCGGACCAGAGAGCAGUUAAGGUUAGCUUCUUAAAACCACCACCUACUUUUAACUUUGAUGAGUUUUUCACCAAGUGUAUGACCUUCAUGGAUUAUUAUCCUUCUGGCGACCACAAAAACUUCCUGAGGCUUGCCUGCAUGCUGGAAUCUGAUCCUGAACUCGAGUUGUCCCUACAAAAGUAUGUCAUGGAAAUCAUUUUGAAGCAGAUCGAUGACAAGCAGCUCCGGGGCUAUUUAUCUGAGCUUCGCCCAGUGACGAUAGUGUUUGUGAACCUGAUGUUUAAAGAGCAAGACAAAGCGGAAGUCAUAGGUUCAGCCAUCCAAGCCGCCUGUGUGCACAUCACUUCUGUCCUGAAGGUCUUCCGAGGCCAGAUCAAUAAGGUCUUCAUGUUUGACAAGGGAUGCUCCUUCCUCUGCGUCUUCGGUUUCCCUGGGGAAAAGGCAUCUGACGAGAUCACUCACGCCUUGGAAAGCGCCGUCGAUAUAUUUGACUUCUGUUCUCAAGUCCACAAGAUCCGUACUGUCUCCAUUGGCGUCGCCAGUGGGAUCGUCUUCUGUGGGAUCGUUGGACACACUGUGAGACACGAGUACACAGUCAUUGGUCAGAAGGUCAAUAUUGCUGCCAGGAUGAUGAUGUAUUACCCAGGCAUCGUGACCUGCGACUCUGUCACCUAUGAUGGCAGCAACCUACCAGCCUACUUUUUUAAAGAGCUUCCAAAGAAAGUCAUGAAAGGUGUUGCAGACUCUGGACCGGUGUAUCAGUGUUUGGGCCUUAAUGAGAAAGUCAUGUUUGGUAUGGCAUAUCUCAUCUGCAGAAGACAUGAGGGUUACCCUUUGAUGGGACGUGUUAAGGAGAUCGACUACUUCAUGUCUGCCAUGAAAGACUUUCUGAUGACGAACUGCAGCCGAGUUCUAAUGUAUGAAGGAUCUCCAGGAUAUGGCAAAAGCCACUUGCUUAUGGAGAUCGAAUACCUGGCCUCCCGGCAUGAAAACCACAGGGCUAUUGCUAUUGCACUGACUAGGAUCAGCUUCCAUCAAAAUUUUUAUACCAUCCAGAUACUCAUGGCUAAUGUACUAGGUCUAGAUACUUGUAAACAUUACAAAGAACGACAGACCAAUCUGCAGAAUAAAGUCAAGAUGCUGUUGGAUGAUAAAUUCCACUGCCUUCUUAAUGACAUCUUCCAUGUUCAGUUCCCUGUUUCCCGGGAGAUGUCCAAGAUGAGCACAUUAAGAAAGCAAAAGCAACUGGAAGCGCUGUUUAUGAAGAUCUUGGAGCAAACAGUGAGAGAAGAAAGGAUUGUUUUCAUCAUCGAUGAGGCCCAGUUUGUGGACGGAACCUCCUGGGCCUUCAUAGAAAAGCUCAUCCAGUCCAUGCCCAUCUUCAUUGUGAUGGGCCUGUCUCCCUUCCCUGAAAGUCCCUGUGCGGCCGCCAAUGCUAUAAUGAAGAACCGGAACACCACGUAUAUCAUUCUUGGUGCCAUGCAGCCUCAGGAAAUCCGCGAUAAGGUCUGCAUUGACCUUAGUGUAAGCAGUAUCCCCAGAGAGCUGGACUCGUACCUGGUGGAGGGGAGCUGUGGGAUCCCACUUUACUGUGAAGAAUUGCUGAAGAACCUCGACCACCACAGAGUUCUCCUUUUCCAACAAGCAGAGUCUGAGGAAGAGACCAAUGUGACCUGGAAUAACCUGUUCAAGAAUUCUGUUAGGCCGACAGAAGACACGCAUUUUUAUACUUUGGUAUCUGAGGGACGUAAGGAAGUCUGUUACCUUGCAAGUGGUGUCAGGCUAAAGAACUUGUCCCCUCCAGCAUCACUGAAAGAAAUCUCUCUGGUCCAGCUGGACAGCAUGAGCCUUUCCCAUCAGAUGCUGGUGAGAUGUGCUGCCAUCAUUGGCCUAACCUUCACCACAGAGCUGUUGUUUGAGAUUCUCCCCUGCUGGAACAUGAAGACCAUGAUUAAGGCCCUGGCCACCCUUGUGGAAUCAAAUAUUUUUGAUUGUUUCCGGAGUAGCAAAGAUCUUCAACUAGCCCUAAAACAAAACGUGACCACACUUGAGGUGCAUUAUCGCUCUUUGUCCUUGAAGCCCAGCGAGGGGUUAGCUCGUGAUGAAGAGGAACUCCGUGAGAAGGAAGGAGAGGUGAUUGAGUGCCAGAUCCUGCGCUUCUGCAGACCUAUAAUGCAGAAAACGGCCUAUGAACUCUGGCUUAAGGACCAGAAAAAGGUCUUGCAUUUGAAAUGUGCCCGCUUUUUGGAGGCAAACGCCCAUCGGUGCAACCACUGCAGAAACAGGGACUUCAUUCCUUACCACCAUUUCAUAGUGGAAAGCCGACUCAACCCCUUGGAUAUGGAUAAAGUCAAGAAGAUGGCAAAGUCUCAAGGAUAUAAAACUGAAGAGGACGUCAUCUUGUCUAAGUCAGAGCUCCAUAAGAAAUACAAAUUCCCUGAGAACCUCAGUGACAUGGAAACAAAGGAAGCAAUAUUACAUUUCUUUGACAACGUUAUCAUAAAGAUGAGGUCGUCUCCAGAAUACAUCAUUCCAUCAGAAUCAUGCCGGUGUGAGGAGCUGCUCCAGAUUGUCAUCUUGCCACUGGCCCAACAUUUUGUAGCGUUAGGAGAAAACAACAAAGCCCUGUACUACUUCCUAGAAACUGCAUCUGCUUAUCUCAUCCUGGGUGACAACUAUAAGGCAUACAUGUAUUUGGGUGAGGGAGAGCGGUUGCUGAAAACUCUGAUGAAUGAAGAUUCUUGGAGCCAGGCCUUUGAAUAUGCUACAUUUUAUAGUCUCAAAGCCCAGGUUUCUUUUAAUAUGGGGCAGAUGGUACUUGCCAAGAAAAUGCUGCGAAAGGCACUGAAACUUCUCGACCGAGUAUUUCCAACCAACUUAAUCACCCUGCUUUUCCAAACACACGUGGAAAAGAACAGAUUCUCCCACUUGAUGAACCAGCAUCCCCAGGAGGGCUCGGUGCCAGGGAAGAAGCUGGCUCUACUUUACCUGCAGUCUGCGUGCUUCUCCUUACUGUGGAAGAUCUAUAGCUUGAAUUUCUUUUUCCACUACAAGUACUACGGCCGGCUGGCAGUGAUGAUGCAAGUGAAUGCCUCACUGGAAACUCAAAAUUAUUUCCAGAUCAUCAAGGCUUUUCUGGACUAUUCAUUGUACCACCAUUUGGCUGGAUACGAGGGCGUGUGGUUCAGAUAUGAAAUCCUGGUCAUGGAGCAGCUCUUGAACCUCCCCACGAAAGACGAUACCAUCGAAAUCAUAGCUUAUGUGGCUGACACACUGGGCCAUAUCAAGUUCUUAAUGGGCCAUCUGGACUUGGCCAUUGAGUUAGGUUCCCGAGCCCAUAAGAUGUGGUCUCUUCUCCAGAAUCCCAACAAGCACCACAUGGUUCUCUGCAGACUGGUUAAAUCUCUCUUCUUGAAAAGCAGAUACAAGCAUUUGGUCCAGGUCCUCGGAUGGCUGUGGGACCUCUCUGUAACAGAGGAGCACAUCUUCAGCAAGGCAUUUUUCUAUUUUGUCUGUCUGGACAUCAUGCUUUAUUCUGGCUUCAUUUACAGAACAUUUGAGGAAUGCUUGGAAUUCAUAGACCACAACGAAGACAACAGAAUCCUCAAGUUCCAGAGUGGUCUCCUCCUGGGUCUUUACUCCUGCAUAGCGGCCUUAGAGAACCUUGUGGCUCAAAACACCACCGGCCCUGUCUUCUACCCAAGGCUCUACCAUCUCAUGGCUUAUGUAUGCAUACUAAUGGGAGAUGGGCAUAGUUGUGACUUCUUCCUGAAGACAGCUCUGGAGCUUUCUGAGGCACAAGGAAAUUUGUUGGAGAAAUGCUGGCUGAGCAUGAGCAAGGAAUGGUGGUACUCAGCCUCCGAGUUCAUAGGAGACCAGUGGCUUCAGACCGUCCUGAGCCUUCCAUCAUGGGAUAGAAUCGCCUCAGGCAACGUAGCCCUUCAGGAUGUUCAAAAGAACAAAUUCCUGAUGAGAGUGAAUAUCCUGGACAAUCCUUUCUAAUAAUUCAUGAGCGAGAGCAAAGACUGCAGUAAGAACCAUUUUUUUCUUUUGUUUUGCCGUAGUCCAUUAUUGUCCUGUCUCCAUAGCCAGCCCCUCCAGGUUCAAACCUGGGACCAGAUACCUAGAAUCUUACACACCUAGCACGGGGUUGGCACGGGCCAGCAGCCGACUUGCUUUAACUUUACAUAGUUGCCCUUGCCUUCUCAGGCUGUUUGACCUGUGGUGCUCAGUCUAUGCAAACUCCAGUCACCGAUAUCGGGGGUUGGAGGGGUUCUGGUGUCCCUGAAUGAGGGACUGACAGACUUGCAGUCCCAGCAGAACAGAGCCCAUUAAGGGAUAGUGCGUUUCCAUGUGGGAGGAGCUGGGUUCGAGCAAGAAAACGUUUAGUGGUUCUAAGGGCGGCUGCUCACAAGGAUUCGGCCUUUCCCACCUAUCUUGCUGACACACAGUUCUACAUACAACUUAGUAUGUUGUUGUACCUUUGAUUAGCAUCUUAACUCUACCCAGGUGGGUGUGUUUCCACAGCAUAAUAAGCACGGGUUAUGUCUGAACUCUGGCUUUUGCCGUAGCAGCAGAAAAGCUGGUUUUAGUUGGCCUCACUUGGGAGGCGUUUCCAGCCUUCAGAAGGCUUUCGGAGUCUUCCAGCCCUCAUCCUGUCCUGUUCUCCUGCCUCGACAGAGGAAAAACUAGUAUCAAGGUCAUGUGGCAUCUUAUAUUGCGUGCCACAGUACACAUGCAUGGACGCACACACAUGCACACCCAUGCAUACGCAGAUACACCAGGCCAGGGGGUCAGAAGAAAAAUGUUAUGAAGUUGGUUCUGUCCUUUCAUCUGUAUGUGGUUCCAGGGAUCAACCCCAGUUCGCUCAGUGGCUGCAAACGUCAAAUCCCUGUUAUGGUCUGAACCGGCAAGAUUAGAAAGGACACAGUUUGCAGAGCCCAAGUGCAGC